AUGGCUCGAAAGAAGAAGCAGAAGGGUGUUGGAUCUGUUGAAAAAAAUAUUGGUACAUCAACGGUGAAUUACAGACCACCGACGAAGCGUAGGCGAUCUCAACAACCCGUACGGUUCUCUCGAUAUGUGUUCAAAGUUCUCAAGCAAGUUCACCCACAGUUGUCCAUGACGAAUAAAGCUAUGAAAGAUGAUUUCAUGCACGACAUCUAUUCGCGUUUGGUUUCGGAAGCUGCUGGAUUAUUGAAGUUGGAAAAAAGGUCAACCCUUUCGACUUUUGAGUUUCAGACUUAUUUUGCUUGCACGUCUCUUCGGUUUGAUCUUAGUCUUUUACAAACAUUACAAACGAUUUUUUUUUUUACUUUAGCUGGUGAAUUGGCGAAACAUGCUAUGAGUGAAGCUUCAAAAGCAGUAACUAGUUUCUCAACCUCUCGGAGAGGGGAUGCCGAACGAUCGGAAGAAACUGUCUAA